UUUUCGAGUUUCUUUUGCUGCUUGUCAACACGUGUUUGGCAUGGACUGCGCUUGUAUCGGAAGCUAAAAGUUAUUUUAUUUAUACAAAUAUUAUUUAUUGUUCAUUAUUAAUGAAAAUAAAAAUUAAGUGACCUGCGCACAAAUAUAAAAUAUUUUAAUAAUGGCAAUGCUCGCAGAACCGCGUCGUCGCAAGCGGUACAAUUUGUGUCCGCGCGGCAAGGCGCUCUACGAAGAUGAUACGCGCUUUGGCACGAAAAUGCUGGAGAAAAUGGGCUGGACGAAAGGCCGUGGCCUGGGUGCGAAUGAGGAUGGUGCCCAAGACUUUGUGCGUUUGCGCUUCAAGAAGGAUAGCAAGGGAUUGGGUUUCGAAGCGCGCGAUGAUCAAUGGACCACACAUGACGAAAAUUUCAAUGGGCUGUUAAAGACCCUACAUGGCGGAGAGGACAAUGGCAAUGCAUCUGAAUCCGAAGAAGAAGCCCGACCCAUGGGCUUUGGCUUCAAAGCGGAAGUGGCCGCUGCUGAAGAGGCAAAGCCAAAUAAGCUCAAGGAAAAGUUAACAGGAAUAUCCCUGGAGGAGAAAUCCAAGCAGAGUAAAGCUCGCGUGCAUUACAAGAAGUUCACACGUGGCAAGGAUCUAGCACAAUAUAGCGAAAAAGAUCUGGCAAACAUAUUUGGCAAGAAGGUUACAGAAGAAACUGAGAUUCCGGUGCAGAUUAAAAAACAGGAAGUAGUACAGGAGAAACCUGUCAAUCCUAACUUUGGAGGCCUUUGUACUAUAAGCACUGGGGUGUCUGUCAAUGAUUACUUUAAGCAGAAAAUGGAAGCAAUGAAGCAAAAGCCGGCGCAAAAUAAAAAUGUUGAAAAUACCUCGAUGAACGGAACAGCGAAUGAAAUAGCAAAUGGAGAUGCAAAUGUCGAAGAAGCGCCUAUUAAAAAGAAAAAGAAAAAGAAGGAUAAGAACAAAGAAAAAGAACAAGAGAUAGUGGAAACUGAAGUGCCAGCGGAAGCAGUGCCAGAAGAACCGUCCAAGAAGAAAAAGAAGUCAAAGCGUGCAGCCGAAGAGAAUGCGAAUGAGGAGAAAGAAGAGCCAGAAACAGAGGCAUCUAAUCAGCCAAAGCGCAAAAAGAAAAAGAAGGAUAAGGAAGAGAUGGUGGCGUGCUCUGAAGUAGCUUCAGCGGAAGAAGAGCCUAAAAAGAAGAAGAAAAAAUCUAAGAGAAAUGAGGAAACCAGUGUGGAAACAGAGGUUAGCGAAAAGUCUGCCAAAAAGAAAAAUAAAAAGAACGUAGAACUAACAGAGGAGCCAAAAUUAACAGAGCCGGUUCCAGAUAAAAGCGAAGACAGUAAAAUAGAAGACAAUGAAGAGAAUGAAGUCGAAUCGAAAGGGGAAACACCUCAAGAAAAAACAGAGAAGCCUGCUAAAAAGAAAAGCAAGAAAAGUAAAAAAGAGGACAGAGAGGAACCGCAAUUACAAGACGAAACUAAAUCGAUGACAAGCAACGCACCCAAUGGUGAUGACCUUGCAAACAACCACACCACCACAGAGCAAUCAGAGCUCGCCAAUGAGAAAGAGCCUGAAACUGAAGUAAGUGAAGACGAAGCAGAUAACAGAGGCAAACGCUAUCUAUCAAUGAAGCAUUUGCUAAGUUGGAAAAACUCAUUCAAUGUAUUCACAAUCUCUUCAUUUUGCGCAGAAAAGUUUCACAUCUUAGAUAUGGGAGCGUUCAAGAACUCCUCGCUGAGCGAAAUAGCCGGCUACUCCUUCGAUGAGAAUAUUCAAGUCAGUGUCAUGGAGAUACCGUCGGAUGCGGUACGCAUCAUGAGCCUGUGGGAGGGCAGGCGUUCAAAAUAUUCACAAAAAACAGACGUAGAGCGGACACGCAUUAUGGUAAAAAAGCUGAAAUAUCAGAGAAUCACGACUUCUCACCUUAAAAAGUUAAACAAAUGUAAUGCCUUCUCAGGACUGUAGUUAAUAAUACAAAACGUAAAUAUUAAUAAA